AUGUGGCAUGUUGCUGAACAGCAUCAAGGAACCAAACCACCCAAAUUAAACGGAACCAAGGCGAGUGAUACUUUGGAAACAGCCGAUACCAAGCAUGAUCCUCCAGUCGACAGGGGCAAGUGCGCGUUUCAAUAUUUGAUCGCUAUGCUCACUAUUGAAACAACUGUGUGGGGUUUUGCCACCUCGUUUGGCGUGUUGUUCGAUUUUUACCAACAUGAUCCACGUAGCCCGAUAAAGCCAGACCCACAUGCCAAUCUCAUACUCACUCUUGUUGGAACAAUCAAUACUGGUAUCAUUGCUGCCACAGCACCAUUGAUCUCGUUUUGUAUUGCCAAGAAUCCAGGCAUAAGGCGUACAUUGAUGUUUUCGGGUCUGCUUGUAUGCACCCUGAGUUUAUUCUUGUCUGCCUAUUCUACUUCGGCUUUCCAUAUUCUCUUGAGCCAAGGGAUCGGAUACGGCAUUGGCGGAUGUGCGUUAUAUUUUUCCGCACUUUCUCAUCUUCCGGAAUGGUUCGACCUGAGAAGGGGGUUCGCAAACGGAUUGGUUUUCACGGGCACUGGAUUAGGAGGAUUGGUCUUUCCCCUCAUAUUAAACAGCCUUCUUUCGAAAUUUGGCUCAAAAUUCGCCAUGAAAGUUAUCUCGGCGCUGUUUGCAAUUCCGAUUUUGUUGGCGGUUUUUUUCAUACGCCCGAGAAUUGCGAAUGGCCACCAGCGCCACGAUAGCUCGGCCCGAUCUGCAUCCAGUUCAUAUGAAAAGCCGGCCACACCAAGUUCGGAGAAUCUGUUCCGCAAUUUUCGGCGCUGUUUAACGGGGAUAUUUUGGACUUAUAUAUUUUUAAACACAGUCCAAUCAACCGCAUACUACCUACCCGGCUUGUACCUUCCAACCUAUAGUCACUGUCUCGGCCAUGGCAGCGUAACAGGAAGUGCUCUGCUGUCUAUUCUAAAUGCUGGAACAAUACUCGCGCAACUUGUAGCUGGUGUCCUAUCGGACCAUUAUUCACCCUUCCUCAUUGGUGUCACAGCCAAUAUAUUAGGGGGUGCAAGUGUUCUCGUUCUGUGGGGUGCGUUGAGCCAACAUGGAAUUGUGUGGCUAUUUGUUUUCGCGGCUUUCUAUGGUUCCACGGCUGGUGCAUGGACAAGCUUAUAUUUUCGGGUUUUGAAACAUUUCAUCUCGGAUCCGGAGUUGUUGUUUUGCGGCUAUGGAAUCCUUUCCAUGACUCGAGGAAUAGGUAACAUCGUGGGAGGGGCGAUUUCUUCGGCACUCGUUUCUUCAACUCCGACAGAUCCAGACCAAUGUAGCAGUUUUCCCAAAGUCGAUAUCAUCUUUGUUUUUCUGACGUCGCCCAAAACCAAUCCCCAAGCAAAACAGAAAAUGGCAUACCUUUCUUUCCCCACCAUUAUCCGCUUCGUCUUCCUCUCAGUCAGUCUCGUUAUGGGGGCCCCCAGCAAAUUCAGAUCGGUUGGCAAUCACGCUCAAGGGGUUUCUUACACCAGCGCCCCCGUGAAUUACGUUCCAGAAAGCAAUCCAGUAAUGAACAAGAAAGUGUACAGACUUAGUCGAAGAAGCCCAUCAAACCCCAGGAUCAUCCUCUCGCCAGGCAAAAGCGCAAACUCCGACCUGGCCGAAGCUUUAUUGAAUGCGGCAAGUGUCUUGCGCUCAGAUACGGCCGCUGUUUAUUCUUCGAUUUCGAUGUUGAAGAAAAGUGGUCAGCUUGGAAGACCGGAAGAUUUCGGAGACGAUGUAGUAUUCCAAUUGACGGAAUGGCAGAAACAUGCCGACAUGCUUCGGUUCCUUGGAGACGUUAAAGAGAGGACCGAUUUUGUGGACCAGAUGGACGAAUUCAGUGACGACAUUGCUCUCACUUUGAAAAGCGCGGCUCAAGCCCUCAAACAGACGUUGCUUGGAGUCAAUACGAUCAUAACCGAGAUGCCAUCAAUCCAAUAUCUGCUAGGACCUAUGGUUUAUAAUAUCCGAGCCAUCAUUGCCGAUGUCCACCACCGUUCCGAAGCCCUUGCCAACCACAAUUUCUCAUUACAGUCAAAUUUCGACGAAGAUUUCUCAUUGUGCUCUACCCUUGAAAGCAUCAAGCAAUUUUGUUAA